CGUGCGUGUCACAACAGCCGCUAGCUUUUUCAUAUCAAAGUCUAAUGCUUGGCUAAUACGAAGCUGUUAAAGUUCAUACUUUUACGUGUUUGUUUGCUAUGCAGAAGACGCGUGUAUGUCAAGGCGCGUGCGCGUGCGCGUGCGCGUGUAUCUGAGUAUGAGCUGUAUUAAUCAGUCGAGUGAUUAGUGAUCAAUGGUGUGAGUGCGCGGCUCUCUCUGGAUAUCAGCAGAUUCGAUGCAAAAGAGUGUUGGAGGUGAUGAAGGAUCAGGGCCGAUGUUGCAGAGGAAGGAGUCGUUUUCUCUCCUCUCGUCAUCAGAGAAGUGGCUCUUCAGUGGGAAGAAUAGGAAGCAGAGGAAGAGAGAUGUGGAUUCACUCAGUCUGUGCAGCUUGGACAUCAAUGAGCCCAGCAGCAAGCGUGUGAAGCCUCUGUCUCGAGUGACGUCUCUGGCGAGUCUCCUCCCUCCAGUCAAAGCUGCUCCGCUCAAACGCAUCGGACAGACGCUGCAGCGCUCCAUCAGCUUCCGCAAUGACUGCAGACCGGAGAUCAUUGCACCGCGGCCGUGGAGCCGGCAGAUCGCACCAGCUAUCACCAAACGCCGCGACAGCAAGCUGUGGAGCGAGACAUUCGAUGUGGGCCUGGGACAUAUGCUGUCCUCCAAAGAGAUCAAGAGACAAGAGGCCAUCUUUGAGCUGUCUCAGGGAGAACAGGACCUGAUUGAAGACUUGAAGCUGGCCAAGAUGGCGUAUCGUGACCCCAUGCUGAAGCUGUCUAUUAUGACCGAACACGAGCUCAAUCAGAUCUUCGGCACGCUGGACUCCCUCAUUCCUCUGCACGAAGAUUUGCUGAGUCGACUCAGAGAAGCCAGAAAACCGGACGGCUCGACAGAUCACAUGGGCCAUAUUCUAGUAGACUGGCUCCCUUGUCUUGAAACCUACACCAGUUACUGCAGUAACCAGGUGGCAGCCAAAGCACUGCUGGACCAUAAGAAGCAGGAGCAUCGGGUGCACGACUUCCUCCAGCGCUGUCUGGAGUCGCCCUUCAGCCGCAAACUGGACCUCUGGAGCUUCCUGGACAUCCCCCGCAGUCGCCUGGUCAAGUACCCGCUGCUGCUGCGAGAGAUCCUCAAACACACGCCGAACGAGCACCCCGACCGCCAGAACCUCCAUCAUGCUAUGAACAUGAUUCAGAGCAUCGUGGCGGAUAUUAACACUCAGACGGGCGAGUCGGAGUGCCGUUACUAUAAAGAGCGCUUGCUGUAUCUGGAAAGCGGUCAGAGAGAUCUGCUGAUCGACAGCUCACGCAUCCUCAGCUGCCACGGACAGCUCAAGAACAACAGAGGAGUCAAGCUGCAUGUGUUCCUGUUUCAGGACGUGUUGGUGGUCACCCGGGCCGUCACCCAGAAUGAGCAGCUGUGCUAUCAGCUUCACCAGCAGCCCAUCCCCGUCAGAGAUCUGGAGUGGGAAGACCUGCAGGACGGAGAGAUCCGCCUCGGAGGAUCCAUCAGAGGAGCCUUCAGCAACAGCGAGCGCACCAAGAACUUUUUCCGGGUGGUGUUUCGCAGCGGAGGACAGCUGCAGACGCUCUGCUUCCAGGCCAGCGAUGCCUUCAAUAAACAGCAGUGGCUUAACUGCAUUCGACAGGCCAAAGAAGCUGUGUGCUGUGCAGAAUCUGAGCCACAGUUCCCUUCAGCGCAGACAGCAUGCCAGGACAGAGCGAGGCCGUGCUCGGACUACAGUAUGAUGGACACCACUGACACCAGCGUGGAUCUGACCAUCGAGUGCCCUCCAAUGCACCUGACAGAUGUAACCGUCACCCCUGUGAAAGUGUGA